GUCAUGAAAUUUGAUACUGUACGGCUCAUGGUUGCACAGUGUUUCCAAGUACUAUAAAAUUUUUUCUUCUAUAAAUAGAGCUUCAAUUUCAUGCUCUGUUUAACUACACAAAACCUCUUUACUACUUCAAAUCCAAACCCUCUCUUAAAAUAUGAAGGGUAUUAAACUGAUCAUUGCCAUUGUGUUUUCUUUGUGGUCUUCCAGUACCUUUGAAAGCUGCAUAGCCGCCACUAGAGGUAAUUACCACUGGAGGAAACUCAAAGCAGCCUCUGCUACUAAUUUUAAUGUGUUAGACUAUGGUGCUAAAGGUGAUGGACAUGCAGAUGACACAAAGGCAUUUCAAGGUGCAUGGGCAGCUGCUUGCAAAACAGAGGGAUCAACAAUGGUUGUUCCAUCUGGUUAUGUCUUCCUGGUGAAAAUAAUUUCUUUCUCAGGCCCAAAUUGUGUGCCAAACAUUGUUUUUCAGUUGGAUGGCAAAAUCAUUGCACCUACAAGCCCUUCAGCUUGGGGAUCAGGUACCUUGCAAUGGCUUGAAUUCACAAAGCUUAGUAAGAUUGCAAUCAAAGGUAAAGGAGUCAUUGAUGGUCAAGGCUCUGUCUGGUGGAGUGGCAAUGGAAAACUGCCAGGAACCAAACCAACUGCACUCAGGUUCUAUGGAAGUAAUGGUGUAACAGUAACAGGUAUAACGAUUCAAAACAGUCAGCAGACCCAUCUCAAGUUUGAUUCAUGCACAAACGUUCAGGUGUUUGAUAUCAAGACUUCAUCACCUGGUGAUAGCCCCAACACAGAUGGAAUCCACCUACAAAACUCACAGGAAGUGGUCAUCUAUAGCAGCACACUUGCUUGUGGGGAUGACUGUAUUUCCAUACAAACUGGGUGCUCCAAUGUAUUGGUACACAACAUCAAUUGUGGACCAGGUCAUGGAAUUGGCAUUGGAAGUCUUGGAAGGGAGAACACCAAAGCCUGUGUUAGAAAUGUCACAGUCCGGGAUAUUACUAUCCAGAAUACCUUAACCGGUGUGAGAAUCAAAACAUGGCAGGGAGGCUCUGGCUCAGUCCAAAAUGUUUUGUUCUCCAACAUUCAAGUUACUGAUGUUAAAACUCCAAUAAUGAUUGACCAAUACUAUUGUGACAAAAGCAAGUGCCGGAAUCAAACAUCAGCGGUGGCAGUUUCAGGCAUACACUAUGUGAAUGUAAAAGGAACAUACACUUGGGAGCCUGUUUAUUUUGCAUGCAGUGAUAGUUUACCUUGUAGUGGUAUAACCAUGGACACCAUAGAGCUAAAAGCAAGUCAAGAAUCUAAGAACUCCAAUGUUCCUUUUUGUUGGGCAGCAUAUGGGGAGAUAAAGACUAAAACAGUGCCACCUGUUGAUAAUUGUUUGGAGAGAGGCAACCCACGAAGCACUGGAAUCAUUUCUAAAAUAGAUUCUUGCUGAAUGCUGAACCUAUUGCUAGCAUUAUUAGGGAUAUAUAGCUACUCCAUACAUUGUAAUCAUCACAAUAUUUAUAAAUUUGUAUUAGAUAUAGAUUAUACGUAGAAAGUUGUAUUAGUAUCUAAAUUAGUUCAAGUCCAUAUAAUGUUGUAUGGUAUUGUUGUGCUAUGUGAUUGAGUGGUGUGAUUCAAAUUUGAUUGUCAUCAUUGUAAAAAGAAAACUAGAAAGAAUAAAAUUUUCACUUUUCUCAAAA